CUUCGGGCUGGUGGCGUGGUGAUAGCGCUGCAGAUUGCCCGUGUCCACAUGCAGCUGCCUCUUUUCUUUCACUGUACCGUGUGUGCGCCUGGUUUGCAUCAUGUCCGUGCUCAGACUGCUCCUAAAGCUGCUGGUUCUCCUCUCGGUGCUAGCAGUAUCCGUGCUUCUAAUACAGUACUGGCUGGCGACCAAGGAGCACGUUUUUAACAAGGAAGACAUUGCCAAAUUAGCCAAGCAGUACGCAGGUCAGGAUCAUGAGCAGGCCUUCUCCAAAGUGGUGGUGGAGCUAAGAAAAAGAUACCCAGGCCACAUCCUGCCUGACGAGGACUUACAGUGGGUGUUUGUGAACGCGGGUGGCUGGAUGGGGUCCAUGUGUCUGCUGCACGCCUCCCUCACAGAGUACCUGCUGCUGUUCGGCACAGCAGUGGACACAGGGGGACACUCGGGGCGUUACUGGGCAGAGAUCUCUGACACAGUGAUCUCUGGAACAUUCAGACAGUGGAAGGAGGGAACCACCAAGAGUGAAGUCUACUACCCAGGUGACUUUAUAGUGCACCCUGUGGGAGAGGCCACCUCUGUGCAGUGGAGCGCAGGCACGUGGAUGGUGGAGUAUGGCCGUGGCUUCAUCCCCUCCACACUGGGCUUCGCUCUGGCAGACACUCUGUUCAGCACACAGGACUUUGUCACCAUGUUCUACACUGUACGGGUCUAUGUGAAAGCGCUCAUGCUUGAGACGGCCACUAUGCUCACGGAGGCCGGAGUAUUCUGAGGUACAAAGAAACCAGCGCAUCGGGAAUGACUUUCUCCUAUUGGGAAAGCUAGUCCAUGUACAACGAUUUACAUACAACUGUAGACAAUCAAAAGUCAGUGCAAUAGAUUGAGUUUCCUGGUCUUAAAGGUGCACUAUGUAACUUUUUCGGUGUGGGGAUCCUCCAUCUGCUUGUCUCCAUGGAGGUUUUAGUGCUUUGAACGAAAUGUUCCACAGAGAGUAUGGCCUUAAAUUAAUUAAGUUUUAUGUAUUUUUAUUGUUCACAAAUACCUUGGGAAAUCAUGCAAAUAAUAGAUCUGAUCUGUAAUGUGGCCAGGAGGUGAUAAAUGAGUUUAAUGUCAUACUGUGGAACAUUCCAGGCGAAGUAACAUCUCCAUGGAGACGAGCAGAAGAGUUAUAUUUUGCACCCAUUUUUCUGAAAUGUUUUUUAUUAACACGCAUUCCCAUAAAAGCUGUCAAACUGCCUAAUUUAAAAUCUGUUUGAUAGUGAUAGAAACUUAAAUUAUUUUUAUAGCUGACACAACUUAAUUUGAUUGUGGAUUUUAAUUUUUCCCCCUUGAUUCUUUUUUGCAAGAAUGUUUAUUUGCCAUUGUAUCAACUUUCUCACUCCUACAGCAACUAGACUUCAUUUUCCUUGCAUCGUCAUAUGUAGUGUAUCUUGAACCAAAAACUACACGAACAAUACAAGUUACCAACUAUUUAUUAUUAAAACAAAAAGACAGGGAAGUUAGAAAGAAAUUGUAGUAUUCAGUGUCAAAUAUACUUAAUAUAAUUUGCACUAACCCCAAAGAGGGCUCUACCACCAGCCUAGUUGUCAACACUACAUAGUUUUUAAAUGUCUUAAUUUUUUUCAACAUUACUACUGAACCUGCCUCAUCUGUGAUUUUAUCUUGAUUUUGUAACAGUGAAACAUAUCAGAGGUCUUUGUAGAUCAUGAAAUGGGUAAUAAUGUCAUGCUAUGUUUGUACCAAAUAAUAUAUAUAUAUAUAAGCAGUUCUCUGGGUGUGACUGCUAAACAAGGACUGUAUUUUAAUGUUUUGUCAUCAGAUGUAAUAAAUGUUUUGAAAUAACUAUC